AUGGAGGCCAGAAUUGGAGGUGAAGCUCAGCUUCAUUAUGGUCUGCCUUCCACGGAUUUGAGGACGCUGGAGAAGAGAAGUCUUGAAUGGGAUCCCAAUGAUUGGAAAUGGGAUGGACAUCUAUUCGUUGCUUCUCGAGUCAAUCAAAAUCCUUCUAAUUACCAGGGUAGGCAGUUUUUUCCACUUGAAAGUGGAAUUACUACAACUAGGGAUUCUUCUAACAGUUCCUCCUCUGGCUCCGAAGAAUUGAAUCAACGGGCUGAGAAAGAGAAGAGGGAAUUGGAGAAGAGGAGAAGACUUGUCGUAGUUGAAGAUGAUGAUUUAACAGAUGAGGGCGGCAAUCUUAUGCUAAAGCUCGGGGUACAAGACUAUCCAAUGAUAGAGAGGAGCACGGGAAAUGGGGAUGAAACAUCCGGGAAGAAGACUAAUUUGUCUGGAGCUACCUCAAGUCGCGCAGUUUGCCAGGUUGAGGACUGCGGUGCUGAUCUGAGUAAGGCCAAAGAUUAUCACAGACGGCACAAGGUUUGUGAGAUGCAUUCAAAGGCCAGUAGAGCACUUGUUGGGAAUCAAAUGCAACGUUUCUGCCAGCAGUGUAGCAGAUUUCAUGCACUUCAAGAGUUUGAUGAAGGAAAACGCAGUUGCCGUCAACGUUUAGCUGGCCACAAUAAAAGGAGGAGGAAAUCUCAACCUGACAAUUUUAAAAAUAACAAUCCUUUGAAUGAUAACCAGGCGAGUAGUCAUCUAUUGAUGACCUUACUGAAGAUAGUCUCCAAUAUGCAUUCCAAUAGAUCAAACCACGAAGAUGAUCAGGAUAUGUUGUCUCAUCUUCUACACAACCUUGCUAGCCAGGGAUCUUUGCAUGGGGAAAAAAACAUCUCUGGACGUCCAAAGGAAUCUCAUAACUUGCCCUACAAUCUCCCUUCUUUAGGGAAUUCAGAAUUGUUGCAUGCCUUGCUCUCGAACGGUUCUCAAGGCCGAAGAUCUGGAGAACAGCUUAAUAUAAUUCCUGGUGGUGAAAUGCUGAGGAAGGAUGAGAAUCUACAAUCCACAACUUCUCAAAGACCAAGCGUCAUGUUCCCCAACCAUGGUAGUUCUCCAGUUGAUGCAGGAGGCAGGGAAUGUUCUGCUGGAAGGAGCAAAUUGAAUAAUUUUGAUUUGAAUGAUGUAUAUGUUGAUUCUGAUGAUGGCAUGGAGGAUGUAGAUAGAUCACCUGUCCGUGUGGAUCUGGGAACCAGUUCUAUUGAAUUGCCUUCAUGGGUACAACAAGAAUCCCAUCAGUCAAGUCCUCCUCAGACAAGUGGAAAUUCAGAUUUGGGAUCUGCCCAGUCUCCUUCCAGUUCUAGUGGGGAUGCUCAGAGUCGAACAGAUCGCAUUGUUUUCAAACUGUUUGGAAAGGAACCCAGCAAUUUUCCCAUCAUUUUACGAGCCCAGAUUUUUGAUUGGUUAUCCCACAGUCCUACAGACAUAGAGAGCUAUAUAAGACCUGGUUGUAUCAUUUUAACGAUAUAUCUUCGUUUAUCUGAGUCUGCAUGGGAGGAGCUCUGUUGUGAUUUGAGCUCCAAUUUGAGUAGACUUCUGGAUAUCUGUCACGAUGUCUCUUUCUGGAGUACGGGAUGGAUUUAUGUCAGGGUGCAGAAUCAAAUAGCAUUUAUAUACAAUGGUCAGGUUGUUGCGGACACAUCUUUACCUUUCAAGAGUAGUAAUUAUAAUACAAUUCUUAGUGUUAAACCUAUCGCUGUGACAUCAUCUAAGAGAGCUCAAUUUGUUGUCAAAUGCUUUAAUUUAUCGCGACCCUCCACGAGGUUACUCUGCUCGUUAGAGGGUAAUUAUCUGGAAGCUGACAGUGUGUUAAUGGAACACGUGGGUGGCUUCGAAGGGCAUGAUGUUAAGUAUCUGAACUUUGCCUGUUCAAUUCCUGCUGUUGAAGAUCAUUGUCUUGGCAGCAGCUUCUUUCCUUUCAUAGUUGCUGAGGAUGAUGUUUGCUCUGAGAUGUGUAUGCUUGAAAGAGAAAUAGAGUUGACUGAGACGGAUGAUUUCCAGCUAGAAACUGGGAAAUUAGAAGCACGAAACCAAGUCACGAAUUUCAUACAUGAAAUGGGUUGGCUUCUCCAUAGAAAUAAUUUGAAGUCCAGAUUGGGGCACUCAGAUCCUAACUCAGACCGUUUUCCUUUUAAACGGUUCAAGUACCUUGUGGCGUUCUCCGUUGACCGUAAUUGGUGUGCUGUUUUAAACAAACUUCUUGACAUUCUUUUCAAUGGAACAGUGGGUGCUGGAGAGCAGCCAUUCUUGAAGUUUGCGCUAUAUGAGAUGGGUCUCCUUCACCGAGCUGUGCGUAGAAAUUCUAGAGCUCUGGUGGAGAUGCUAUUAAAAUAUUCCCCGGAAAGAGUAGCGGAUGAACUAAGUUUGGAAUACAACUCCCUUGCUGAGAGUGACGGGAGUUUCUUGUUUAGACCUGAUGUUGUGGGGCCUGCAGGUCUGACACCUCUUCAUAUUGCGGCUGGUAGGGAUGGAUCUGAGGAUAUAUUGGAUGCCUUGACUUGUGAUCCCGGAAAGGUGGGAAUUGAAGCAUGGAAGAAUGCCCAUGACAGCACAGGAUUCACACCUGAGGAUUAUGCUCGGUUGAGAGGACACUACUCUUACAUACACCUUGUUCAGAGGAAAAUGACCAAGAAAGUAUCUCCUGGGCAUGUAGUUGACAUUUCUGAGACUGGUUCAGAUAGCAGUGUCAACCAGAAGAAAAAUGGAGGGAGCACUACUGGUUUUGAGAUUGGAGUGUCCAAAAUAAGUUCAAUUCAGCAGCCCUGUGGGAUUUGUGAUCAGGAAUUGGUUUGCAGAAGUAGCAGUCGAACUCUGCUUUAUAAGCCUGCAAUGCUCUCAAUGGUGGCCAUAGCGGCUGUAUGUGUUUGUGUAGCCCUUCUUUUCAAAAGCUCGCCCCAAGUUCUGUAUGUGUUCCGUCCAUUCAGUUGGGAGAUGUUGGAAUAUGGUUCCAGCUGA